UAUAAUAUUUAACGAAAGAAGAUACAUUUGGCGAUAACAGUUACCGGCCAUUCUCUGUGGCCUCGGUAACUGUUAUCACCAUCGUGAACCUUAACAUCUACAGGAAGUGGAGGAAACCCCUCCCUUAGAUCCUGGGUCCCUUGAUAAACACUUCCAAAUCCUGCUCUACCCAAAACUCAGUCUUGCCUAAAAUUUCCGGUGAUUAUCUUUAGUUCAUUGUAGGUGAAUGCAAUCAAUGGAUUUGCUGCUGAAUCACGGCGCAGGCCGUCUACGUCUUCAGGGUUUGAAGAACUCAAAACUGGCAAAUAUGUUUCGCUAAACCUCAAGGUGACUUAUAUCUGCAACCUGUGCAUUUAGUGGGAAUUAUUUAGCACCAGAGAGCUUCAAAGUCGGACCUUCUAAACGAGUACUUCCGUAUCAGUGACUUGCUCACGAAAAAAUGGAGACACAAUUUAGUGACGAAAAUAUUUUUUACAGUUCUGUGAAAAAAAAAAAAAAAAAAAAUGUUUUCCCGAUUUUUCUUUUGAUCGAAUCAUGUCUAUUCCCCAUGGCUCAUACAUAAGGAUAUUUGACAGUAAAGACUGUGCAACUAUGGCCGUCAGGUACUAACUCUUUUCUUUUACUUUUUGUCAAGUGAAUUCAAGAUUUAAAUUGCUUAAAACUCUUGAAAAAUUUUGCGGAUAUAAUGGAAACAUUAGUUUAAUGUCCCACUUUAUGACCGAGCUUGAUAUCGUCAUUAUUCUGAAAGACUUCAGAAUCAAUAAAAGCAAGGGAUUUUUCUAAUUAGUAAAUGGGAAUAUGUUAGUGAUGAACGGUGGGCCCAAACUCAUAUACGGUCUCCCCUUCGUGUGUUCUUAUUAAAAAACCCUGCAGAUCAAGGCAUAUUGACAUGGAAAUUAAACUGACCACCACCUGAUCUGGAACCCCGUUCUGUCUCUCACGCACGCAGGCCACAUACACACUCAAUGUCUUUAGUCGGUAAUAAUGGCUUAUAUAAUGACCAAUAUUUAUGCAGAUAAUUGGAGAAUUAUGUAUGUACGUGUUGCUUAUCAUAAUCUGAUAUAUAUAUAUCUAUCUCUGUGUGUGUGUGUGUAAUGAAUGCUAAUAUUGCACUAAAUGAUAACCACCGUAUACCAUGUUGCAAAUGCUGAUUUCAAUCAUAAAGCACUUCCUUAUCAAAAUACAGUGCCUACAUCAUAAUCUAAAAAUCAAUCACAGCAUGUUACCUUCAUCUAAUGGCUAUAAGAAUUCGGUCCCACCUCUGCUAAGAUGACAGCAUGCUAAAUCUGUGCCAAAAAUUAAUAAAGCCUUGAGCUGGGACCAGAUGGUCAUUUACCAUAAUUUUUCGUCGUUAGUUGAGUUUCUAAAAGCCAUGCAACUAAGAUUACUAGAGCAGUUUCCGUAUACUAUCAGACAAAGUAGAGGGUGGGGAUCAUUUGAGCGCAGAAGCCUUCAAACAUAACCUCUCCUAUAACCACUUCCUCAGAGAAAAUGAUAUCAAAUGUUCACACUCCUCUGCCUAUAACCCACGACCCUCUCAGUAAAAACGAUAAAAUAUUAGAAGAGUUCCUGGGUGGGGUACUUCCAAGUUAACCCUUGAAAUAUCCAUAUGCUAACUUCUCUGCGAAGCAGAUGAUACUGAUUUUAUAUACAAUCAUUUCAUUCUUGUAUCUGAUAGCAUUUUCAUACAAGCAGAACUAUACUCAUGAAUUCUAAAAUUGCAUAAGAUAUUUAUCUGCUUCUGGCUGUAAAGUAACAAAGUCUUGAGAGACAGGGUAGUUAAUAGAUUCAUCCUAUUUACUAUGUCUUAAGACUAACUGAUCCUUGUAUAAACUUCAAAUAAUAGUGAAAUAAUAUGUAUGUUGGCUUCCAUACAAGCUAAUAGUUAAUCUUCUCUGUUUUGAUCAAUGGUAUAUAUGAUUACCAUGCCUCUAUAUAUCUGUUUCUAAUGCCACAUUCAUGAAUGACACCUGCCAGAAGCUGUUACAGUUAGAAAAUUCAUGGGGCAAUUAAACUUGAUCAUGUUCUAUAGUCCCAGAAGGGGAAUUGAAUUUAACCAAAUAAUCCAGCUGUUAGAAUUUCCCAACAGAGAAAUCUUUAUGUUGCACUUGAAAUUACUGCUUGACAAAGCAAACCAGAUGUAUGCUUUAUUUCAAUCAAAUUAUGAUAAACGAAGACACAAUAAUAGAUUGCUAUGACUGAAAUCUGAUGAUGCCUAUUUACAAAGCAAGUUCAUAUGGCAUUAAUAUGGAGAAAGGUUCAAUGAUGUGAAGUUUAUCUUGGAAGGUUGAGACGUGCCUCGGAAGUCUAACGCCUUGAUUAUAAACCUCUGAUUACGCAAUACGAUUGGACCCAAUCACGCAAUGUGUAGGGAAAACUUUAGGUAAGCAAUGCUUCUCCUGAUUGAGCCUAAUAUUACAUUUUUUAAAUCAAGUUAGUAUUUCUUUGUAGGCUUGCAACUGAUCAUUAUAGUUUAUGUAUUCCUUGAUAAGUUUAAAGUUUGUUUUUAUACAUAGCUGUAGUUCUUGGGGGCAAAAUAAAUGAAUUAAUUAUGAAAUAAGUUCAAUUAAUAUAAUAAUAAAAGAUAAUAGGAAAGAAUCAUUUUGUAGUGAAGUCAUUAAUUGUACUUCUCAUAGAGAAGCUUUGUAGCUUGGGGAGCACUAGGAAUCUCUGCUUAUUAGAUGUGAUUAUAAUAGUUUUUGAGACAUCAUUCUUUACAGGGAGCACUAGGAACCAAAUGAGACGUCUUUUGGUUCUAAUAACCAAAUGCUAACGAGCUAAAUUCAGAACAUUCAAUAGCUUAAAAGAACAUUAGCACCUAAAAUUAGAGCUGCAGCCUUUUAAAGAAGACUAGAACAUUUUCAUUUUAGUGUCCUUAAUUAGUCAAAGCCAACUUGUAGAAAGCAUCUUAGCAAAGUUCCCAAUAACACUUGCACUAGCUAUCUGCAGGUUUAAAUUUAGUUUUGAUGUUCUUAAUCUCAUUUUAUUCUAAAAGAAUUGAAUCAAUAACGAAUUGUACUAAUCCUAAGGAUACUGUUAAGAUCAUGAUGCGCUUCCUUUCUCUUAAGGUUCUGAAGAUAUGUUUAGAUAUUAUCCUCGAGCAGCUGAUGAGGUAGCACAGUGAUUUGUCUGAUUAUGUUUAAAAGUAGGGCUGAAAGAUCUACAUAAUGGUUACGAGGACAAGGAGGCUGAAGGAUCUUACACAUGAUGAAGGUGGCAUGCAUUUCUCGUGAUAGUAUUCAUUGUAACUAUGAUAUUCAUGAAGGUAGUCCUUGGCCGUAAUGCUACAUGAGGAACAAUACUAUGUACAGGUCAUGGACUCAUGAGAGAGAGAGAGAGAGAGAAGGGAUGCAGGUGGUUGUCCUCAUCUGUAUCAAAUGGCUAGCUUCAAAAGAGAAUAUCAUCAUGGAGUACGCAAGAAGGUUUAUAUAGUCUAUUUAGGGCUCAACCAUAAUCAAGAUCCUACUCUCACUUCAAAAUACCAUCACAAACUGCUCUCUAAUGUCUUUGCAAGUGAAGAAGAUGCAAAGCAGUCCAUGCUCUAUAGCUACAAGCAUAGUUUCUCGGGGUUUUCAGCAAAGCUCAAUUCAACCCAAGCAACUGCUUUAGCCAAGAUGGAAGGAGUGAUAUCAGUGUUCAGGAGCAAGACACUGCAAUUACACACGACGAGAAGUUGGGACUUCGUCGGCUUUACCUUGGGCAACAAUAAAGUGACUCCAUUGCAGCUAGCCUUUGGUGAUGACAUUGUUGUUGGGAUGUUUGAUACAGGUAUAUGGCCAGAAUCUGAGAGUUUCUCGGAAGAACCCCGUAUGAAGCCUAUUCCAUCAACUUGGAGAGGGGAAUGUGUAAAAGGUGACAGGUUUGACCCAAAAACAAACUGCAACCGGAAGCUAAUUGGAGCUCGUUACUACCUUAAAGGAUUUGAAGAAGAAAACGGGCCACUAAGAAACCCAGAAUAUCAAUCAUCACGAGAUUUUCUUGGCCAUGGGACACACACAGCUUCAACGGCCGUGGGGUCCAUAGUUAAGAAUGCAAGUUUCUUCGGCUUGGGGCUGGGCACUGCCCGGGGUGGAGCGCCUAGGGCUCGACUAGCAGUGUACAAAAUAUGUUGGGCGAACGAAGAAUUCAAUUCUGUGUGCUCCGAAAUAGAUAUACUGGCGGCUUUCGACGAUGCUUUGCAUGAUGGAGUUCACAUAAUCUCGGCCUCCUUUGGUCCACGCCCACCCAUGCUCCCAUUAUUUGAAACUAGUGCCGGAAUAGGUUCAUUUCAUGCAAUGCAACUGGGUAUUACUGUGGCUUUCUCGGCAGGUAACGAGGGGCCUGAUCCAUCUCUUGUAACAAAUGUUGCGCCAUGGUCCAUUUCUGUGGCUGCCUCAUCUGUAGACCGAAUGUUUCGGACGCAGAUACUCGUGGACAGUAGUCUCUCUAUCAUGGGAGAAAGCUUUCUUCCCACAGAGAUUAAGGGAAAACUGGCAGAUCCAAGCAUGUACUUCGAACAUGGCGUUUGCAAUAGUGAUAAUUACAUGAAUGAAUCGAAACCAGCUGUCGGGAAGGUAGUUGUAUGUUUCUCCACCGAUGGACCAACAUUGAUUGACCAUGCAGUAGCAGCAGUAAAGACGGCCAAUGCAUUGGGCUUGAUCUUUGUUGAACCCAUGACUAGGCAGACAGCUGACGUUGAAAUCGUCCCCACAGUGUAUGUCAACUUUGAGCAAGGGACACAAAUUAAGAACUAUCUUUACGAAUCUCCCAGCCUCCCUAGAGUGCGGAUAAUGCCGACUAAAACCAUAAUUGGAAAGUCACCAGCACCUACAGUGGCAGACUUUUCUUCUAGAGGGCCGAGUUCACUUACACCUGACAUUCUCAAGCCGGAUGUAACCGCUCCCGGAGUAAGUAUACUAGCAGCAUGGCCUCAUGACACUUCACCAACCUUGUCACCAAGUGAUGAUCGUCGCGUGAGGUGGAAUUUUCAGUCGGGAACAUCAAUGUCAUGCCCUCAUGUCUCCGGUGUUGCCGCCCUUAUCAAAUCAGCACAUCCAAGAUGGUCCCCAUCAGCCAUUAGAUCAGCUCUCAUAACUACAGCUUACACUCGGGACACAACCAGCGACAGCAUUCUAGCUGGUGGAUCAAUGAAAGUGGCGGAUCCCUUUGACAUUGGCGCUGGCCACAUUAACCCCUUGAAAGCACUGGAUCCGGGGCUAGUUUACGAAAUGAAAACCAGCGAUUAUAUUCUCUUCCUCUGCAAUAUUGGCUACACCCAAGAAAACAUACACAAAAUGGUUCUUCCGUGUCCUGGGGUUGAUAUAAGCUGCCCAAAGGUUCCGAAAAGCAACACAAACAUUAAUUACCCCUCAAUCACAGUUUCCAAUCUCAAAUCAACAAUGACAAUCAAGAGGACAGUUCGUAAUGUGGGCCAUAAAAAAAACACCAUUUACUUUGCCAGCAUUGUUAAGCCUGAUGGAGUGGAGGUAUUUAUAUGGCCUAGAGCUUUAAUUUUCUCGUGGUUCAACGAAGAAAACUCAUACUAUGUCACUCUCAAACCACUGAAGAAGUCUCAAGGGAGAUAUGAUUUUGGAGAGAUUGUUUGGUCGGAUGGCUGCCAUAAGGUAAGGAGUCCAUUGGUCGUAUGUGUGAAUACUACUGAUGAUUCGAGUGAUUCCAUAGCCCGUACUAGCAGCUCCAUUUAGGCUCCUUGCUUAUUUCAUAUUUGAAGAAUUUUGCAAAAAUCUUACAGGUUGGCGGUUGCGCUGUUUUGCCAACUGAUGUAAUAAUUGUGACCAAGUUUCUUGGCUUUGUCUCUGUAAAAAUAAAGUUGAUGUGAUAAGAAAAUUUUACUAUGCUUU